CUGUGAUCAGGGAGGAAACCGAUAACAGUACCAGGGUAUACGAAGAUGUCAAGAUCUCUGUUUGAGAACUUCCAUCCACUUGUGCUAGAGUCUGCUGAUCUGCCAUCGCCGGAGGUAUCCAAACUCGAAGCCGUGUUUGGUAGAUAUUCAGUUCCUUACAAGGUUCAGAAGAUUAGUGAUCCGAUAGACAAGGAAGAAUUCAUUGAACUUGGAUAUUCCCAUAUCAUUUCUAAUAGUGUCAAGUUUGACCUUUACCCAUUCACACAGGAGAAACUGAUUCCAGUGGCUACCUCUGAAUUGAUCCAUGUCACUUUGGAGAAGGGCAAGCAACAACCUAUUAGACCCUAUUCUCCUGAUCCAAAACAUGUUUUGAAAGAUGUUCACAUAUGCUGUGGCAAUCUUCCAGUUUCUGAUAAAGAGGCAAUCUUUGGCGCUGUUAGAGCACUCGGUGGAACGUUUUCAGAGUUAUUAAACAAGUAUGCCACUCAUGUGAUUUCCGUCAACCCAGAUGAGGAUAUUGUAAUCGCCGUGGAAUCUCUGAAGCAGUUCAAGAUCAAAGCUGUAGUGCCGUUGUGGAUAGAUCAUUGCUUGAAAUUAAGAAAAAAACUGGACGAGACGCCCUAUUUGUUACACCCCGAUCAGGCUGGUGACCCGACUGAUAUGAUCAUGGAAUCGGAUGCUGUGAGAGAAGUCAUCCUUUCGAAGGAUACACCAAAGGCUACAUUCCUAGAUGGCAUGAAGUUUUACUUUGGUGAUGACUUAGAGCUCACCAACAGAUCUCGUGCAUUAGUGUCCUCCAUGAUCACUAAUUCGGGAGGAUUUGUUGUACAUUCUUUGGGCGAAGCUCAAUACUAUCUGGGCCAGUAUAGAGAAGGAGAGGAGUAUCUCACUGCUAGCAGAGAGAAGUUGUAUGUUGGAAAUCUUAAUUGGAUAUAUUGGAUGGUUGAACAUCAGAAAUGGAUCUCUCCCUACCUCAAGCUUCUACACUAUCCGUAUGUUCGUGGUGGGCUGCCAGCCAUGCAGGACUUCACCAUCGCUGCAUCAAACUAUUCAGGUGACAGUCGUUACUAUAUCAAGAAGUUAAUAGAGGCUCUAGGUGCAAAAUUUACGUCAAAUAUGACUUCGAAAAACACACACUUGAUCACUUCGAAAGGCAUUGGUAAAAAGUUUCAAGCUGCACAUAAUUGGAACAUGACUAUAGUGAACCACCUUUGGUUGGAAGAGUCGUAUGCAAACUGGAGAUUGGAACCUGCCACCCACCCAAGGUAUUCGGUCAAUAUUGGAGGGAAGGUUAAGUUAGAGGAUCUUGUUGGGGAAACACCGCUUGAUGUUGAAGUGUUGAAACAUUUCUACGAAGACGGUUACACACCAAAUACCACAAAUAUUGUCGAAGAUUCAGAAGAUGAAAUUUUGCUUUCAAUGGAUAAAAAACUACCGAAACCUGUCCUUCAAGUUCAAGAAACUAUGAGCGUGCCUGAUAAAAAAGAAACCCAUACUAAUUUACAUGAACCCCAGACCCCAAUACGCGAAGACUCUGCUGAUUCUACUUUGAAACCUAUAUCUGCCAAUGUGGAAAACGCUAUCCUGACAUCAAAAUCUGGAACACCAAGGAGAGUGAAGGACCCAAUUGGAUUGAGGGGACUUGUUGAUGCCUUAUCACCAGUGAUUCGCUCGUCAACACGUAAGGCAAAAGACAAAGCUGCUGCAAAGCUGCAUGCUGAUAUUGAGGACAUGAAUCUUUUCCAAAAGCAGUUGCAUAACACAACAAUCCUCUUGCCUGAAGAAAUUGAGGAACGUAAGAGAAAAAGGGAUGAAGCUGUGAGCGCAAAAAAAGAGAGGUCCGUAGAGGUGGAAACUCCUGUUAAAAAGUCCAGGAAAGGAGAGUCUAUUGAACAGAAACCUCAUUACGAUAUCGUUGCAAUUGCUACUGGUUGGGAGGUUUCAUUCAACAGAGUUGAAAUGCAAGCACUCCACUCCCUUGGAAUCUCUAUCCACAAGGACUUCAAGAAUGACAUCAAUGCUAUUAUUGCGCCUAAGCUCAUGAGAACAGAGAAGUUCCUCAUCGGACUGAGUUAUCCACUGCAGAUGAUCAUUUCACCGGACUUUUUAAAGGAAGUGUUAAAACAACAUCAGGCCGGGGUAGAAGAUUCCAAGCUUCCUGACCCAUUGGAAUUCUCUAUUGAUCUAAUGAACAAAGAGUCUGUUUCUGACCUUACAGGGCUGACCCUAAAUGCUCUAACAAGUCGUUGUCGAGAGAUAUCCAAAGCUGGCGGUCUUUUCCAUGACAUCUCUUUUAACUUGUCCUCAAAGCUUCCAGGUGGUGUUUCUACAGUCCAAAAGAUAUUGAAGGCACAUGGCUGUAAAGAGGUUAAAGCAAUCAAGACGGUGAAAGAGAUGAAGACAGCUAAAGUUCUAAAAACCUCGGCCAAUGGCAUAACCAUGUUCAUCUCAAACGAAGAAAGUAUGAACAAGAGAUUUAAAGAUUUAUGCCAGGAAAAUGGACUAAAGGGUAAAAUCGCAGAGUGGGACUGGGUGAUACAAAGUAUAUUCAGCAUGAGCGUUGACAGUUGUGAUCACCUCACCUACAACAAUGGAGCCUAGAAUUUAUACUGCAAUAAGACAAUUGUUUUCUAUUUGAGAUGAGAGACAUCGAUGCACAGCGUAGAGCGAAAUUGCUAGCCUAAGCAAAUUUGGUUUGCGCCGCAAUUUCUGAAGUAGCCCCCAUACCUUUUGAAGGGUGGCAGUCUAUAAAGGCAGAGAGAGAGAGACA